AUGCACUUGGACUGGUGUUUCAUGCAACGCAGCUGGAAGUGUCAGCAAGCUAAACCUUUCCACUGUGGUAUUCAAGGUACGCUAUAUGAGUUUUCAUUCUUGUCCUUUCCUAAUCUUGAAUAUCUUAACCUCGGUGUCAACAAACUCUUUGAUGCCAUCCCACCUCAAAUCAAUACCUCUCCAAACUCCACCAUCUUGAUCUCUCCCAAAAUCAGUUUUUCCGGGAGAAUCCCACCAGAAAUCGGUCUCCUGAGAAAUCUUACCUACCUCUAUCUCUAUCGUAAUAAACUUUCUGGUUUGAUUCCUAAGGAGAUAGGAAACUUGAAAUCUCUUGUAGAUCUAGAGUUGUCCCACAACAAUUUAACUGGUCUCAUUCCUCCAAAUAUUGGUAGGAAACUUGAAAUCUCUUGUAGAUCUAGAGUGUCCUACAACAAUUUAAGUGGUCUCAUCCCUCCAAAUAUUGGUAACUUAAUAAACCUAACCACUUUGUACUUGAAUGACAAUCAACUUUCUGGUUUGAUUCCGAAGGAGAUAGGAAACUUGAAAUCUCUUAUAGAUCUGGUUGUCCACAACAAUUUAACUGGUCCCAUUCCUCCAAAUAUUGAUCUAGAGUUGUCCUACAACAAUUUAAGUGGUCUCAUCCCUCCAAAUAUUGGAGAUAGGAAACUUGAAAUCUCUUGUAGAUCUAGGGUUGUCCCACAACAAUUUAAGUGGUCUCAUCCUCCAAAUAUUGGUAACUUAAUAAACCUAAACACUUUGUACUUGCAUUCCAAUCAACUUUCUGGUUUGAUUCCUAAGGAGAUAGGAAACUUGAAAUCUCUUGUAAAUCUAGCUUUGGAGCAGAAUCAACUCAACGAUUCAAUUCCAGCCUCUUUUGCCAACUUGAGCAACUUGGAGAUCUUAGUCCUACGCGAUAACCAACUUUCCGGCUCCAUUCCCCAAGAGUUAGAGAAUCUCAAGAAUUUGACUCGACUGCACUUGGAUACAAACCAGUUGUCUGGUUAUUUGCCCCCAAAUAUCUGCCAAGGUGGAAAACUCACAAACUUGUCAGUAGAAACAAACAAUUUGACUGGUUCAAUCCCCAAAAGCUUGAAAAAUUGCUCGAGCUUAGUGAGAGUUCAUCUUGAGCAAAACCAUUUGACGGGCAAUAUAUCUGAAGACUUCGGUGUUUAUCCGAAUCUUGAUUUUAUGAACAUAAGCCAUAACAACUUGUAUGGAGAAAUCUCACACAACUGGGGACAAUGCCCAAAGCUAAAAACCCUACUAAUGGCAGGAAACAACCUUACUGGUAGCAUACCACUUGAGAUAGGCAACGCAACCCAAAUUCAUAUGCUGGACUUUUCUUCAAAUCAUUUAGUUGGGUUGAUCCCAAAAGAAUUCGGGAAGUUGUCUUCAUUGGUGAAGUUGAUGUUGAAUGGAAAUCAACUUUCGGGUCGUAUACCGUCAGAAUUCAGAUCAUUGAAUGAUCUUGAAUAUCUUGACUUGUCAACAAAUAAAUUCAAUGACUCAAUUCCGGGGAUUCUAGGUGACUUGCUCAAAUUAUACCAUCUGAAUUUGAGCAACAACAAGUUAUCUCAAGCAAUUCCUUCACAGUUGGAGAAGUUAGUUCAAUUAAACGAACUGGAUUUAAGUCAUAACUCACUUGAAGGUAGCAUACCAUCAGCAAUGAGCAAUAUGAAGAGUUUGGUUACGCUCAAUCUUUCCCACAACAAUCUUUCGGGUUCCAUACCAUCAAGUUUUGAAGACCUGGGUGGCUUGUCGUACGUUGACAUAUCCUACAAUCACUUAGAAGGUCCCCUUCCCAACAUCAGUGCAUUUCGAGAAGCUCCACCAGAAAGAUUGAAAGGUAACAAGGGAUUGUGUGGCAAAGUUGGAGCUCUGCUGCCACCCUGCAAUGCACUUGGCUCAAAAAAGGACCAAAGGGUCAUAUUCUCUGUUCUAGCUGUAUUUGUACUUCUAUUCGCUCUUUUUACAAUUGUCUUUGUAAUAGUGCAAAGAAAGAAGAACCAUCAAGAUACUAAACAAAACCAUAUGCAUGGAGAAAUUUCCUUUUCGGUUUUAAAUUUUGAUGGAAAAUCAAUGUAUGAGGAAAUCAUAAGGGCAACAGAAGAUUUUGAUUCCACAUAUUGCAUUGGGAAGGGAGGACAUGGAAGCGUCUAUAGAGUGAAUUUGUCAUCUGGAGAGGUAGUGGCCGUGAAGAAACUCCAUCUGCUAUGGGAUGGCGAGACAGAAUUUCAGAAGGAGUUCUUGAAUGAAGUAAGGGCACUCAGUGAGAUAAGACAUCGGAAUAUUGUGAAGCUCUAUGGUUUCUGCGCACAUAAACGACACUCGUUUUUGGUGUAUGAGUAUCUUGAAAGAGGUAGCUUGGCUGCAAUGUUGAGCAAAGAUGAAGAAGCUAAAGAGUUGGGGUGGAGUAAAAGGGUGAAUAUUGUUAAAGGCUUAGCUCAAGCCUUGUCUUACAUGCACCACGAUCGCUUGCAACCGAUUGUACAUCGUGACAUCUCAAGCAAGAACAUUUUAUUGGAUUCUGAACAUAAGGCAUGUGUUUCAGACUUUGGCACUGCUAAGUUUUUAAAUCCAGACUCAACUAAUUGGACUACCGUUGCAGGCACAUAUGGCUACAUGGCACCAGAGCUUGCAUAUACAAUGGAAGUGAAUGAGAACUGUGAUGUUUAUAGCUUUGGUGUGGUCACUUUGGAAAUAAUUAUGGGAAAGCAUCCUGGAGAUCUUCUCUCAUCUUUCUCGUCAGUCUCUUCAUCCUUCUCCUCCUCAUCAUCAUCUGCAUUACCAGCCCAUCAAAUGAAAAUUGUGGAUGUUUUGGACCAACGCAUUUCCCCUCCAACACAUCAACUUGCGAGCGAAGUGGUCUCUCUUAUGAAGGUAGCAUUUUCAUGCUUGAAUUCCAGCCCGAAAUCUCGUCCAACAAUGAAACAAGUUUCUCAUUUCCUCUCAACUGAGAUGUUGCUUUUUUCGAAGCCGAUACAUAUGAUGACAUGUGGUGAAUUGCUUGCUCUUGAUCCUUUGGCUACCUGA